GACAUGAUUGGCCAGAGAAGUCGGCCCAGCAAAUUCCCCGUAGAGGCGAAAGUGACCAGUGGGAGGGAGACCCUGCGGCUUCGUUCUGGGGGGGCUGCCACGGUGGAGGAAGCGCCCAGUGAGUUUGAGGAGGAGGCAUCCCAGAAGGUUGAUGACCUGCUGGAAAGCUACAUGGGCAUUCGGGACCCCGAGCUGGCGUCCACCAUGGUGGAGACGUCCAAGAAGACAGUGAGCGUCCAGGAGUUUGCGCGCUGUUUAGACUCCGUCUUGGGCGAGUUCGCCUUCCCCGACGAGUUUGUGGUGGAGGUGUGGGCCGCCAUCAGCGAGGCCAAGGAGGCCUGUGGCUAGUCUGCCCUGGGGAAGCCCAGCACAGCCCCAGCCUGGAGCCCCGCCCCCUGCCCCGGCCCUGCUCCAGAACCCAGCCCAGAUCGGAGGCCAAGUUCCUCUCUAGAGCCCAAUCCAAUCUGGAGCCCCAGCCCAGCUCCAGAACCCAGCCCUUCUCUAGAGUCCAGCCCAGGUCUGAGGCCAAGCUUUGUGCUGGAGCCCAGGCCAGCUCUGAGACCAAGCCCAGCAUUGAGAAUAAGCUGUGUUCUAAAAUUCAGGCCAGCCCUGAGACCAAGCCCAGCUCUAGAACCCAGAUGAGCUUUGAGACCAUGCCCAGCUCUAGAACCCAGACGGGCUCUGAGACCAUGCCCAGCUCGAGAACCCAGAUGGGCUCUGAGACUGAGCCCAGCAUAGAGACCAAGCCCUGUUCUAGAACUCAGGC